AACCUUCUUCAGUUACCACAGUCUCUUCUGCUGCAGACAUGACUGGUGUUCUUGUGAAGACCUGCCUGCUGGGGGCCAUUAGCCUCUCUCUCCUCUAUACAGGAGCGAAGGCCCAGUGUGAACAUGUCCAAGUCGUCCAACAGUUCCAGGGCAGGUUCCAGGCAGACUUCAUUGUCUCUGCUCCUACGGACAUCAAAGGACUGGACCUAGAUCUGACCUUCAACACACCUGUAGACAGAAUAGAGUACUAUUCUGGCGGGGCGACCAAGAAGGACGACUAUAACUACAACCUCUUCAGCCAGAACGUAAACGUAAAGGAGGGUGAGCAGGUGAAGGCUUCCUUCAUGGUGCACUACUCUCACCACAUGCCUUUCGUCAUCCACGAGGUGAUCAACGGUGUGGAGAUCUGUGACACCACCGCCACCACGCCUGCACCCAUGCCCAACCCUUGUGCUGAAACUGGCAUGAUGCCCUACGACUACAGUCAGCUACUGUGCAUGUCGUUUGUGUUCUACGAGGCCCAGCGGUCAGGUCCUCUGCCUGCAGAUCAGCGCGUCACCUGGCGAGGCGACUCGGCUCUGGACGACGGCUCUGAUGUGGGUCACGACCUUGCUGGCGGCUAUUAUGACGCUGGGGACCACGUCAAGUUUGGUUUCCCGAUGGCCUACACCGCCACCGUGCUGGCUUGGGGCCUCAUUGACUUCGCUGAUGGGUAUGAAGCAGCUGGUCAGACGGAGUACGGUAUGGCAGCGCUCAAGUGGGCCACCGACUACUUCCUCAAGGCUCACACUGCCAAAGACGAAUUCUACGGCCAGGUUGGUGCCGGCGGACCUGAUCACUCCUACUGGGGACGACCUGAAGACAUGACCAUGGACCGUCCUUCCUUUAAAAUCGAUGAACCUCAUGCAGGAACUGAGUUGGCUGCCGAGACAGCUGCCGCGCUCGCCGCAGCCUCCAUGGUCUUCCAGGAAAGUGAUCCAACCUACGCCGCCACGAUGCUGGACGUGGCCAAGGAACUCUACGAUUUCGCCGACAAUUUCCGCGAGACUUACGACAACUCCAUCCCUGACGCCAAAGAAUACUACCAUUCUUGGAGCGGGUACGGAGACGAGCUCGUCUGGGGAGCACUGUGGCUGGCGCGAGCAACAGGAGACGACGCUUACCUCGACCGAGCCCGCGACCGCUGGAAUGAAUUCGACCUCUUGGCAGAAGAUGUCAAACAGUUCUCUUGGGACGACAAGAGGGCUGGCGUUUUUGAACUGUUCAUACUGCUGGACGGCUCAGAGGAGUUCUCUACUCAGCUCCUCAAGUACCUAGACUUCCUGAAGAACAAAGCAGACUACACCCCUGAAGGUCUGGUCUUCCUGGACCAAUGGGGCUCCAAUCGUCACGCUGCAAACGUCGCCUUCAUCUCCCUCUGGGCGGCCAAGAACGGUAUUGACAAAGAGGCCAACGAAGAGUGGGCCAGGGGGCAGGUCGGUCAACUGCUGGGUGACAACUCCCGAUACGAAAUGUCCUUCGUAGUGGGUUACGGCGAGAAGUACCCUGAGAGGCCCCACCACCGCUCCAGCUCCUGCCCGACCCCUCCUGAGACCUGCGAGGGAGCACUCACCAACCCGGGGCCCAACCCUCACGUCCUCUACGGUGCCCUCGUCGGCGGGCCAGCUGCGAGCGGAGCCUACGAGGACAAUCGCCAGGACUACCAACACAACGAGGUGGCCUGCGACUACAACGCUGCCUACACGGGAGCUCUGGCCGCCCUCAUCGAGAUUAGCUAGGCACUAAAACCAGAUCCUCACAAAAGCUGCGUCUUAAAACUGGACCGGGGCGAUAUUAUCUUUUCUUACUCUUUUCGUCUUAUUUAAUCUUUACUUUCACUCUCUAGACUGUGACAUUAUUGUUGGACGAUUUAGUGUUAAUAAAUAAAGCACAAAAAUAUUGA